AUGGUGCACAACGAGUGUAAACUGCCUCUGCGAGCAGCGUUCGAGUUCGACCGUGACAAAGAACGACGCGCAUCGGCUUAUCUGGGAAGCCAGCCAACUUUGAACGGGGCUAUUGACCUGGUCGAGGAAGCAGGUUAUUACAUACCCUCGAACAUCACUCAAUGCCUCCGGUGCUCUGCGGACGAUCUCCUCAGCUGCCAGGUCACCUUCAGAGCAGCGCCCACCACCGGCCCUGGCCCCGUGAUCACCGUAUACGAUUAUGACGUCUUCUUCACCAAGGAAGGCCCAGGAAGGAUCAAUGGCUACGGGCGGCACUUCUACCAUCGGGAGUAG